AUGUCGUCUUCAACACCUUUCCCCGACUACCCAACACUCCACAGAUGUCCAAUGAACAUAGCUCAGCUGAUCGACCCUGCAAUCCGCUCCUGGAACCUAGGUCCUGGCUUUUGUACGCGCGACAACUUGUUCGGUGUGAGCUACGUACUUCUUCUUGUCGUAAACUAUAUGGUCGCCGUUCUAGCCUUGUAUGCGGUCUUCGCUAUCCUGGGAAAGAUCGUAUGUUGGAGAGCAUUCGCAAGGAAAAAUACGAGAACUCGAGACAAGGCGAUGGAUUGGAGAAGUGUGGACAGAUUGGAGCGUGGUGAGGGGGGUUGGGUUGGUAAGCAGAUCAAGGCGUUUCGUCCAAUAUUGAGUCCUGUGAAGGAGAAGGAGAAGAUGUGA